AUGGUGCGCUAUAAUACAGCGGUAACGGCCCUGCUGAAGCGGGUGGGCCCUCGCACCGAUCGUGGCCUCGGCCAACUCCCCGAUUCGCUUCUCCGAGAUCUGACCCGCACGACCCACAGCAUGUUGACACGGUUUUCCUUGUGCUGGGAAAGUGACAAAGCGCACAAGGCACGAGAAGCGCAGGCGGAAGAGAUCGCGGCGGGCAACGGUGUGACGAACCUGGACCGAAUCCCUGAAGCGCACAGGGUAUCUAUGGCGGCACAAAUACCGUGCAUACUUCUCUUCCUGCAGCUCGCGCCACCGAAAGUGCAGACAAGUUGCGCCUCCAUCCUGAGCCGGUUUGCGCUCUUCAGCAUUCCAGUGCGCGGUCGCUCACCACACGUGAAUGCGCUCUUCACCGCCAUCAUCUUACACCUGCUUCCGCGCCCAUACGCGACGGUGCCGACGAUUAACCUGAUCCUUACGGUCAUCACCGUUGGCGCCACUCGAAUCGCUGACGAGGAGGCAGAAAAGUUGAUGAGGCGACAGUUAACGAGUCGUAUACCGAAGUGGGUUCUCGAACAAAACGCAGAGGUCGAGGCGUGCUUAGCAGGACUGCCGCGGUGGCUCCAGACCCUUGUUCCCAAGGGUGCCAGCUUAGACUUCCCCGAGAUCAUCGAUGAAAUUGCUCGGCGACUUCCACCAGCAGACGAAGGGCUGCCCGGUGACUAUGUUGACGUCCUUGCUGCCCGCACAGAAAGAGAAGCUGCAAAGUACGAGUAUGGCGUCACGCUGAAAGCCAUGUACAGCGAGUCUACGACAAACAGGGUGACACCCGCGGAGUUAUCGAUGCUAGUGCCGAAGCUGCUUGAUUUUUCGGUGAAAUUCGACAGAAUGCGAGCUGCUGCUCAAAUGGCUCAGAAUGUGCAGCUGCUCGACUUUUCGCCACCAGUGAACCGCGAAACACUGUACUCCGCCUACGCCUGUACGGCGCUGCGUGAUGCUCUGUCGAACCUGAGCCUGCUACGUCACACAGAGAAGAUCCUGGCUGUGCGAGAACUCUCCCCGUUCGAGUGGCUCUUCAUCAUAUCAAUCGUGACAGGCCGCGAAAAGGCAUGGGCGCCAACAGCCUACACGGCAAUGCGCGCCGCGUUGCGCAUUGCCGAGGAGCGACGUAGAGCCGAAAUUAAAAGAAGCUGCAAGGCUGAGCGAGAUGUGUCUCUGUUUGGAUCCAUGGACGCGAAAAAACGCCUGAUGCUGCUCGCACAUUACUCCAACGGUUUGUGUGAGCUGCGCUUCGACCACGACCUCUUCACCGCCGCGCUAGAGUGCACGAAGCCUCUGAUGCAAGAGUACCUCAGAGCACUUGAGGCAGACACAACCCCUUCGCUGCGAAUUCUCGAUGCGAAGUAUCGCAUCCGGCAAAUGCUUUCCGUCGUGACUCGUGCCGAUAACGUGAACGUAAGCCACGUCGGUGAGGAGUUAGAAGACGUGGCGGACGAUAACGACAUCACAGCCGAGUCGGCAGGGGCGGACGAGGCGAGGACCACCACAGGCAAGACCACACACUUCCUUUUGCGAGCGCUGGAGAAGUUCUUUGCGGAGCCAUCGUUCUCCUGCUCCUCCGCAGCUGUCGCACUGGCUACGCGUGUCCCCGAGAAGCGCGGCAGCGGCUUCGCGAGGACAAAUUCGCCAGACCAACAAUGCAGUGCCGCAGUAGCGUUGGAGGACCUUCAAUUUGAUGAGCUCAUCCUGCGUAUGCACGUUGUGGAGUGCGCGAUCGUGUACUGCCUGCAGCUGCACGAGCAAAAAGCGAAACGUCACGGUGCAUCCAGUGAGCUGGUGGAACUGUCGUUGCGCUCCGCACGUCGUAUGCAGCGCAUUGUCGGUAUGCAGCUGCGGAACGUCUCGUCCGUCAUCCGAAGCUCCCGGUGGAAGUCGCAGGCAGCAUGCGUGCCCGAAGGACUGUCGUCUGACACAACAGCUGAAACGGUGAUCGUGGAUGGUGUCAUGGAAGAGUACAAGAGCCUUCAGCUAAGCUGGGUUACCAUGAAGUUGCUAGUGACACUUACACAGCUAAAAGACCUGAGCGCGGCGGCACGCGCUGAUGUCGCCUGCGUCGCUGCAGCUUUCAUGUCGGACUUUGCCGUUUUCAUGGACUCGAUAGGCGACCACCGUGUGCUGCCGACCACUGUGAACCGCAACAUCGCCAUGCUUCAUCGCUGGUAUGUAAGCCACAAAAACAUGCUGAAAUCGAGCGCGAUAGCAGAAGACGCGCCGCCGUUCCGUGACGCAGAUGAGAAGGCGCGGAAGGUGGCCCUGUCCUGCUUGGGAGUGGCGCAGCGGAUACUUCCACCUCGCCACCAUCAGCGGCGGCUCACGGGCGUCGAAUCCGGACUCUCCUUCGGCUUUCACAAAAAGUUGGUCGUUGUGCGAAUCUUCGACUCCGCAUUGUCGCUCGCACUCACAACGAACAUGACGCUGGACGAACUGCCGAACAUUUUUGACUUGAUGGAGAAGACGGUCGAUACGAUUCGUGACGCUUCGCUAAUGGCGUUGCAGGAGUCGCCAUCCAACACGGAGCGCUACAAAGCUGAGAAGAAACUGCGUAGCUCGUUGCUUCCGAAGCUGAUGCGCCUCCUGCACCACAUUUGCAUCCUGUCCAUCAACGACGAGUCGUGCCUCACUGUGGCGGCAGCCGCGCUGGAUGCGUGCGCUAGAGAGGACCAGAUCGCAUUCCUAUCGUGGAAAAAGCGAGAGUCCAUCUUGAGCACGACGUUGUACGUCUAUCGUGCCCUCGCCGAGCGGUUUGCGCACUCGCGCGCAAGCCGUGAUGUGGCGCACCAGCUUUUGAUCAUGGUGAGCCGCUUGGCUUUGGGCCGUUUGGAGUACAAGGAUUCCGAGUUCACAGUGCAGAAAGAGAAGAGGCGGUUGUCCGAGAGUGAACUAGAGCUGCGACACCUCGUGUGGGCGGUACUUAUGUGGCAGAUUUCGUGCACCGUCGCCUCGACUUUUCUGCAGAGUGCACCCCUCGACAAGUAUCUGAGAGUCAUGCACACGUACGUCAAGCGGCACUUUGUGAUAUCCAUGAGCGCGCAAGCGAUGGAAGAGUCGAGCAUGAUUGGGACGGAGGCGGAGUUAGAGUACUGCGAGCAGGUACUCGCGGAAUUGGGGCCGUCUGCACGCUCGCCGAUCCACUGGGAGCCGACAACGACAAAGAAGGCGGUGAUUCUGCGGUGCAACCUUGCCAUAAGGGAUGUCUUCUCAGCGAUGAGGUUCCUGGCAACCGUACUCUACAAGGAUUCGUCGGCUUCCGCUAGUCAGGCUUUCCGUAUGCGAUGGGUAAGUCAGAUGGAGCUGGCGUGUGGGCUGCUGAAGCAGUAUCGGCGGUGGAUUGCGCCGUCCGUUUGGUAUUCUAUCUGGCGGGAGCUGGUUGCUAUUUCCGUUGUGAUGCGAAUAGGCCAUUGCAACUCGCUUCCGGUGCAAGAGACCACCGAGGUGACUGCGGAGCGUCUGCUAACCUUCUCCAAGAUCCGAGACAACAAGGGAGUGUGGCUCGAUCUUCGAGGCCCGCACGCCGCUGCUUCGCAGGAGGAUGGCGGUGCACAGGAGGGGGCCUCUGCUUCGAAUAGGCACGCGAGAGGAGAGUCUGAGUUGAUGUCUUUUUCAGACGCGUCGCGAAUCUUCCAGGUGCAAGAGCGAUUGACAGACGUGAAUCUGCGUGUUUACCUUGUGCAGCUGACAGAUCGACUGAGUCGAGAGCAGGAGCAGCACGCGCUCAACCAGGCAGACAGCGGCGCAAACCUUGAAGGAGAGCGGCGUAUCAGACUUAACGGCCUUAGCGAAACACAAGCACAGAUUCAUGAGCGCAACCUCCGCGCCGCGCGCAUCAGCAUCCUUUUUACCUGCCGACGCAUGCGGUCGUAA